UUGUUCAGCCAAUCACGCGAGACUACUCCGCUCGAACUAACAUCUCGUCUGUUUGUAGCAGAAUUAGCUCCGGUCAGUAAGUUACCCGGUGCCGGCUCGGAACCUGAGGUCCACAACUGUGGCGGCUACAUUGUCACCGAGUUACCGACCCACAAGCUUGACGCGAGGUAUUUCGGGUGGAGGAUAAGAGUGGAGAUGUGCAACCAGCCGCGCGGCGGAGCUACCUGGCUGGCCGUCCGUCCAGCGGCAGCUGUCACCACCGCACUUAGCCGGUUAGCCUGUUACGCAGGUGCGCCAACUGUUGUGUAUUAAAGCCCUGGAUCACCAGGCCGACCGGUGCUUAGUGAGGGAGCCUCGGCAAAAUCCCGACCCCUUGUGGAUCACAAGUCGGCCGGGAGUGUUGUAAUUUCAAUUUAGCUGUUAGCUUCAAGCUAGCAGGCGACAUUCAUUCAGUUGACAGAGAAAGGCAGCCUCCUCUUUUAACGCCUGGACAGCGACCUCACUCCCCCCCUGCUGGAGAGCAAUAUAAAGGAGCUUUUUAGAGUAAUAUAAUGAAGAAAUUCUUCGACAAUCGCCGGGAGCUGGGGGGCUCUGGGCCUGGAUGCGGAGCCGGUGGUGGAGGCGCUGGUUCCGGCGGCGGUGGCAGCUUCAUUGGCCGGGUCUUUAACAUCGGACGAUAUCAAGUCACCAUUGAGGAAAUUGUCGCUGAAGGUGGUUUCGCUAUAGUUUUUCUAGUAAGGACUCAUCAAGGGCUGCGGUGUGCGCUGAAGAGGAUGUAUGUCAACAAUGAGCAUGAUCUACAAGUCUGCAAACUUGAAAUACAAAUUAUGAGGGAUCUGGUGGGCCACAAAAACAUAGUUGGCUUCCUGGACUCCAGCAUAACAGCCGUCGGAGCUGGCGACGUGUGGGAGGUCCUUAUCCUAAUGGACUUCUGUCGAGGCGGACAGGUGGUUAACUUGAUGAACCAGCGUUUACAGACAGGUUUCACAGAGGCGGAGGUGCUGCAAAUCUUUUGUGACACGUGUGAGGCAGUUUCUCGUCUCCACCAAUGCAAGACUCCGAUAAUCCACAGAGAUCUGAAGGUAGAAAAUAUACUUUUGCAUGAUCGCGGACAUUAUGUACUCUGCGAUUUUGGUAGUGCCACAAACCGCUUCCAAAACCCGCAGACAGAAGGAGUCGCCGUCGUGGAAGAGGAAAUCAAAAAAUACACCACACUGUCAUACCGUGCACCAGAGAUGGUCAAUCUCUAUGGUGGACAGACCAUCACCACAAAGGCAGACAUUUGGGCCAUGGGUUGUCUUCUCUAUAAACUCUGCUACUUCACACUUCCAUUCGGGGAGAGCCAAGUGGCAAUCUGUGACGGCACUUUCACUAUCCCGGACAAUUCCCGAUACUCUCAGGACAUGAACUGUCUCAUCCGAUACAUGCUGGAACCAGACCCAUGUAUGAGGCCUGACAUCCAUCAAGUAUCCCACUUUGCCUUUAAACUGUGCCGACGAGAGUGUCCAGUUCCUAAUCUCCAUAAUGUGUCCAUUCCUGCAAAACUACCUGAGCCUAUCCGAUUCAGUGAAGCAGUGGCCAAAAAGAGUCAAUCCAAAGCCAGACUGACAGACCCAGUUCCAACUACUGAAACUUCAAUAGCACCUCGACAAAGGCCGAAAGCUGGACAGGCUCAGCCGCAGCCAAUAUCGGGCAUUCUUCCCAUCCAGCCUGCUGUCACGCCACGUAAAAGACCCAACGUGGCCGGUGGAACAUUGCAAAGCAGCAACAGUGCCGCACCUCCAGCUUUAGCGUCUGUUCCUCACCAACCGACUCAACAGGUCGGUGCACCGACGUCUGUACAGCCGACUCACAUGCAGCCGCAGACCACACCACAGCAUCAACAGCUCCUCAUAAAGCAUCAGCAGGCAGCAGCUUUCCUAAGCCCGCAGGUGAACCAGCAGAAUCACCUGGCAAAGACUCUUCAUCAGCAUCACCAUCAGCAAACCGCUUCUCAGACAUCCGCUCUGCUGAUGUCCAAAACUAAACCUGUAACCGUACAACUGCAUCAUGACUCCCCGGCUCCCCAUCUGACUCCCAUACCAGAGUCUGCUGUCAUUCAGCCAGCUGCUGAUCCAGAGUCGGCCAGCCGAGGCAUUCACAAAGCGGGCUCACUGACGCCGCCUUCAUCACCAAAGAUGGCAUCCAAGAGCGGCCACAGACGAAUUUUAAGCGAUGUAACUCACAGUGCUCUGUUUGGUGUCCCUGUCAGCAAAUCCACACAGCUACUCCAGGCAGCAGCUGCUGAGGCCAGUCUCAACAAGUCCAAAUCAGCCAGCACGACUCCCUCUGGCUCCCCGUGCUCAUCUCAACAAAGUGUGUAUCAUCCAGUUGACCAUGACACACCAGCAGCUGUCGUCGCAACCAAAAACCAGUCCAGCUGGAACCCGUUUGGAGACGACAACUUCUCCAAACUAACAGCUGAGGAGCUACUAAACAAAGACUUUGCAAAGCUAGCUGAAACUGCUGGAGCAGGCGAGAAAAGCCCCAGUGAAAACCUCAUUCCAGGCCUGAAUGCCUUCACAGCGAAAACAGAAGUGGGUGUGGAUUCCUUGAUUCCCGGUUUGGAAGCCCCUCAAACUCAGAGAUAUCCAGGCCAGUCAGAGUUCAUCUCUGCAAGUAACUCAGACUCUUUAACUGGGACGGAUUCUCGCCUGGGCCGUGACUUUUUAUCUCAUACCUCUCAUGGUGGCAACCAGUCUGUCUGCACUCUCUCUUCUUCCUCCUGCUCCUCUGCUCCACCUGGCCAGACGUCUGACUCUACUUUCCUCAUGUCGUGUGCUGAGAAAAACAACGAUGAGUUUGACCCUAUUCCAGUGCUCAUCUCCAAAAGCUCGGCUCAAGGUGGCCACUCGCGCAGCAACAGUGGCAGCUCAGAGUCCAGCAUCCCCAACUUGGCUCGCUCCCUUCUGCUGGUGGAUCAGCUCAUCGACCUCUAGAAGGGGUGGGAGAGAUGGAAGGGGCAUUGUGCAAUUCGAACUGUAGGCUAGAAUGUGGGAGUGACACGGCUAACUACAUAUGUAGCACCUUACGGAGCGACUUAGAGGGAAAUAAAAGCUCAUUCUGUUGUAUGACCAUCGCCUCGUGUAUCUGGCUGCUGCAUUUUCAUAUUGGUAGAGGUCGUAGACAUACAGCUGCAUAUCACCAUCAUGGCUCUGCCCCGUUUCUUCUCAUGCUUACUGCUGGUGUUCAGCUUGCCUGAUGUGCACGGCAGACUCAUUGAUCAUGGCUGCAUUUUCUUUCAUUUCCAUGACAGAUUUUUGUUUCUUCUGGCUUCAUGAGCAAGAUGUGUAUCAGACCCUUGCAUGCAUGAAUCAAUGUAUCAAAUGGACAAAAAGAAAUUUCUCUAUUUUGGUUUGAACAUUCUUAACACAAACCUUAUUUCUAGUCUGUGUAUCACCAGGAAGUCACAGCCGACUCCCCUUUGAACUGUUGUUACAAGUAACAUCCUAUUUACGACCUGCUCGACUUACGUCCACCUGUACUUACGACCACGGCCAGCAGAUUUUUUUUUUACAUUUUUUUAUUAUUCAAUGUCAGGCACCGCAGCAUGUAGCAGCCCGGCAAUGCAUACAACAGUGACGGCUGUUAACAGCUUGGUAUAUAACUGUAUUCAACAGAGAAAGUUGCUUAAAAACGCAACAGAUUGACAUCAUGUCUCCUAUAGAGUCGUACCUAUAACCCUUGCGUCUGGCAUUUGGAAUGGCAUUCGACUUGCAUCCAAUCUGACUGACCGGUUGGAACCGAUCCCGGUCGUAAGUCGGAUGUUACUUCUGUUUAUUAUUGCCCAUUUUCUGGACUCCGCUAUGCAACUAGCAAGCCUCUCAUAGAUGAAUUGCUCUGGAAUACUCUUGUGAUGACACUAUAUUCUUGUCCGAGUAUCAAGAUGUGGCGUGAUGAUAGCCUUCCACAGUUCAAGAUGAAGGGUACGUGAGUGAGAUGCUGAUUCACUUUGGGAAUCAAGGGGAUUUUAAUUCAUAGUUGGUGCUUUCACAUUUGCUCCUCAGAUGUGGUUUGAGCACUAUUGUUAUGCUUUUAAUCUUGACAUUAAAGGGGCCACCGUUCUCAGUCAUGCAAUAAGCUCUGCUUCUGGAAGCAUUGCACAGUCUGAGUAAACAUGGGAAAAGCCUUUCAAAAUAAUGUCUCGACUUCACCAGUGAAGUGGCCGAUCCCAUAGAUGAGUGCUGGUCAAGGUCUUCUUCUGUUGUGCUCACGUCCAUCUCAGUUAUCAGGUCAAACUCAAUUACUACUAAUGUGUUUGAAAACUUUACUGUUGUUUUUCUUCUUUGGUCGACUUUUCUGCUGAUUCGUGGCCACGACUUUUAUCUUAACGACAGUAGAACGAUUUGGAUAGUCAAGCUUGAAUUUAAGCCAGCAUCACCAGUGUGGACUGGCUGUGUAACAGUGGAGUCAAUGUGUGGUUCAGGUUACUAUGAUGUCGUAUCGGGAAGGGAACGUGGUAGAGAUUGAAUCAACAGCGUCGCGCUAAAGACCUGAAACGUCUCUUCAGAGAGGCAGUUUUGGAACAGUUUACCACGCUGUGCUGCUUUGAAGCUAGAGAUCAUUGCUACAUUAUCGGUGACGUUGGAGCACGCCUUCCUUCAUGAUGUUCACGAGCAGAUUUGGUCCCUCUUACACAGUUUACCCAUCAAAGAAUGAUCAAACUUCCUGUGAGUAGAUGUCGAAGCUUUUGUCUUCACUGGUGGAGGAAAGUGUGUUUCAUAUGUGUAUCAUUGAUGUGAAGGUUCAUUGUGCUUUUGUGUGAAUGUGUAUACUCUGAUAUGUGACAUUAAUAUGCAGUGAUUUGGCUUUUAGAUCUGAGAAUUCUUUUAUUUUCAAAUUUUUAUUUUCAAAAGUAAGGAAGCUCACUCCUCAGAGUAGAUCUAUCCUGGUGCGUUUCAUGCCUCCUUGAAGAGAAUAAACCAGUUUGUUUCUCACGCCAACAAAAUCUUCUCUGUUUGCUCAUCUAUGCAAUCCCAUGAUGCUUCAUGUUUUCACCUGUCACUGAAGUGCUGUGUCUCGAUCUGGCCUCCGCUGUUCAGUUGUACUCCUCUUGCAGUUUAGACUAAUGUUCUGAAAGGACUGCGGCUAGGUUUCAAUACUUCAAUUCUUCAUGUUAAACAUGAUCUAGGGUCAGGUGUGUGGAAGGUGUGAGUACUUUGCUAUUCCGUCUCUCUCCUUUAUCAUGGCUGGUACAGUAAAAUAAAAUAAAGUACCUUCAUAAAAAUCUGCAUCAGUGAGUCAAGUUUUCAAUCAUGGAUGAGAUAAUGCCUCAUUUUCUUUUGGUGUUGUCGACAUUGGAUUUAGGAAGAAAUGCUUUUAAUAAACUGAAGGGGCAUUAUGUUUUGAAAAAUACACAUGUUCAAUUAUUUUCACCCUGUGUUGAACAAAUACUAAGCCAAGUCAUUGUUCAGUGAACAAUGUUCACCUACAGUAGAUUUUCAUCUAAGGACAUGUUGUGAUGGUUGUGUGUCAAGGAGUAGAAUAUUACACUUUGGCUGUGUUCCAGAUCACUGUCUGGUUCCACGACUGCAAGUCACUCUCUUUCAAUGGAGAGCGGCGGUGUGAGGGCUGGCUGCCUGCAUCACAAACAGGAAACCAUUGACUUUCAUUACUCUGCUUUGUUCAACCUGGGUGGAUGUCGUAUGAUUUAAAAACCUCCCUCUGUAGAUGAAACAAUAAGCUGUCAACCCAGAACCUGUUGUUUUCCUCUAAUGUCUUCAACUAACCUCCCCAAGAUCUGCCUUCUAACAGCUGCCGUCCACUGCUGAGGUAAGACUGCCCUGUCUGCUCGCCCGUGCUGACCUGUCUGUCUCUAACCGCCUCCACCUGUCAGUCUCUGUUCCCACGGACGCACUCUAACCUUGUCAGUCAGAUCUGUCCUGUUUAUAAGGACCAGUAGAAGCAGGAACUGUCAGAGAAGUGCUGCAGCUUUUCCCUGUUGUGUGUAGUUUGUAUUUGACUGUACUGUGGUAGUUCGUUUCUUGCUGUCGAUCCAUCGAUUGUGCGGCCGCUGCUAUGUCAGUUGAAGUGCUAUGUUCUCAGCUUAGUCUGAUCUGCUUCUCU